AUGAGUCUGACCGAUCUCUACUUCGCCCACAACUGCGGUAUCCUUUUCUACACUCCCGAAUCCAUCUUUCUGGAAAGUUCGUUUCCUCCUUCGCGCGCCUAUCCGUCUCCCAAGCCAGACAUUGACUUCCAAGCCAUCGAAGCGAACUCCAGCAUCGAUCUCCGCGCCCUCCUCGACAAAGACAAGCGUUCUCCGGAACUCGUUCUGCUCGUAGGCUCACCAGCCUCUGGGAAAUCGACGCUAUGCGACGAAUACUUCCGAGAGUAUCAGCGUGUGAACCAGGACACAUUGAAAACCCUUCCGAAAUGCAUUCAGUUCGCCACGAAGUGGUUGAAGCAGAAGGUCUCGGUGGUGGUGGAUAACACAAAUCCAUCGCGCGAUAUUCGAAGGAAAUGGAUUCAACUCGCUCGGCAAUGCCGUGUGCCGGUGAGAGCGGUGGUAUUGGAGAGCUCGCGGAGUUUGGCGAAUCAUCUGAACAUUUUUCGAUCGUUUGGAUUCGGAACUACACAGAGAAAAGUGCCGAGGGUGGCGAUGAAUGUGUUCUUCUCGAGAUAUGAGACGCCUUCCGAGUCAGAAGGAUUCUUUGCCGUCGUCCAGAUCCCCUUCCAAAUGAAGAAAUUCGCAAGCAAGGAGGAAGAAGAGGCCUUCCGUUGCUAUUUGUGUGAGAGUCGAUAGUGAA